AUGUGCGACGCAUCUUUAUUUGUCGGGGCGGCUCUCCCCUGGCUCAGGGACGCUACUGAAGCUGAAGCUCGAGUGGUUUUUGACAGACUUGAUCGUUUAGUCGUCUCCCCUGAAGGGCCAAGAGAACUACCAGGCCAGUCCUACCAGACCACAGAAGUGAAAUCGCAGAAAUCUGGCGUCCACCUGUUAUCGGCGGCCGGUCCUCUAGAGCUUCCCGAAAAUAUUAAUAGGAUCCGCUUCUUUGAUCUCGAUGCCGACAAUCCUCAGGCUCCAGGCCCUGUUCACGAUGAGCUUCGCCGACGUCGUGAAGCAGAUCAAGAAGGUAAUGCAGACAACAAUCGGGACGACGUGGACGAAAACAACGGCAAUCUGAGUCGGUAUACUCCAGUAUCAGACCCUGAUGCGUCGCUAAUACUACCUUCUUCACACAUCCGACGCGCAUGCAUGCUUCUUCCAAGCAAAGAUGAAGCUAUCUUCUUUGCCGAUACUCGCUUCGUGACCUUGAGACUCGAUACUGCUCAUAACCUAGAGGACACCAUAGCACCCGGAGGGGUGCAGAGCAUUGUCGACGCAUGGCCGGCUCUACACGAGGCAAACUUCCUAGCUAUUGACGCUGUAAUUCCCAACCCGAAGAACAGCGAUGAAGCUUACUUUUUCUUCCGCGAUAAGUACAUAUUGGUCAACAUUACCACCAGGCAGAAAGUGUUCAACGCAAAGAACAUCGUUGAGGAGUGGCCCUCGCUAAGACAAGUCGGCUUCAACACGGUUGAUGCUGCCGUGCUCCUAAGUGACGGGACAGCAUACUUUUUCCGUGGCAGUCAAUACGUGCGCGUCGAUGUGAGGCCAGGAACCAACGGUGAUACGGUAGUUGGUACCGGCCCGAAGCCCAUCCAAGGCAACUGGCCAGUUCUAGACCAAGCCUCGUUCAAGACUGUCGAUUCAAUACUGACUAGUCCACACGGGGGCGAUACUUAUUUCUUCAGUGGUAGCAAUUAUUUAAAGAUGAUAAUUCAUCCAGCAAGCACACAAGAUAAGUUGACAGGAGCAGUAAAGCCUGUUAAGGAAGGGUGGUCAUCUCUUGUAAAUGCAAAGUUUUAUUAA